AUGGAAGUAUUCAUGUUAUAUCUUCCAGUGCAAACAGAACCCAACAAACGGUCUACAAUAAACAGACAAGCAGAAGACAACAAAAGGUCUACAACAAACAGACAAGCAGAAGACAACAAACGGUCUACAACAAACAGACAAGCAGAAGACAACAAACAGUCUACAAUAAACAGACAAGCAGAAAACAACAAACGGUCUACAACAAACAGACAAGCAGAAGACAACAAACGGUUUACAACAAACAGACAAGCAGAAGACAAACGGUCUACAACAAACAGACAAGCAGAAGACAACAAACGGUCUACAACAAACAGACACGCAGAAGACAACAAACAGACAUGCAGAAGACAACAAAAGGUCUACAACAAACAGACAAGCAGAAGACAUCAAACGGUCUACAACAAACAGACAAGCAGAAGACAACAAACGGUCUACAACAAACAGACAAGCAGAAGACAACAAACAGACAAGCAGAAGACACCAAACAGACAAGCAGAAGACAACAAACAGACAAACAGAAGACAACAAACAGACAAACAGAAGAUAACAAACAAACCUACAGAAGUCAACAAACAGAUAAGCAGAAGACAACAAACGGUCUACAAAAAACAGACAAACAGAAGACAACAAACAGACAAACAGAAGAUAACAAACAAACCUACAGAAGUCAAUAAACAGAUAAGCAGAAGACAACAAACGGUCUACAAAAAACAGACAAACAGAAGACAACAAACGGUCUACAACAACCAGACAAGCAGAAGACAACAAACGGUCUACAACAAACAGACAAGCAGAAGACAACAAACGGUCUACAACAAACAGACAAGCAGAAGACAACAAACGGUCUACAACAAACAGACAAGCAGAAGACAACAAACGGUCUACAAUAAACAGACAAGCAGAAGACAACAAACAGACAUGCAGAAGACAACAAAAGGUCUGCAACAAACAGACAAGCAGAAGACAACAAACGGUCUACAACAAACAGACAAGCAGAAGACAACACACGGUCUACAACAAACAGACAAGCAGAAGACAACAAACGGUCUACAACAAACAGACAAGCAGAAGACAACAAACGGUCUACAACAAACAGACAAGCAGAAGACAACAAACGGUCUACAACAAACAGACAAGCAGAAGACAACAAACGGUCUACAACAAACAGACAAGCAGAAAACAACAAACGGUCUACAAUAA